UGUUGGGGGUAUAUAGAAAAUAUAUCUAGCAGUAGCAAGCGUGCCAAGAAAAGAGAAAUGAUGAAUUUUGCUUAAAAAGCUACACACACUUGUUUUUGCCAUAAAAUGCUUUAAUGACAACCCGAAAUGUUGUAGUAAUAUUUUUAAUUGAGUUAGUAUUUACUUGCUCGAAUUUAACAAAUUUUAAUUUAAUUAAUUGAAUUAAUUGUGUUAUUUUUAUUUUAAUAAAGUGAGUUGUAUAUUUUUAUGAUUUAGUAUUUUAACAAUUUAAAGAUUAAAUUAGUCUAAAAUUAUUUAUACUAUUGUUACAGACAAUCCUGGUAACGAGAGUAAGAGUUGUAGAAGUUUAUAAAUAGAAGCUCUAUUGACUAACUACGGGGCGCCACUUACACCUUCCCUCUUAAUUGGGGUGCCACUUUUAUUUUAAUUUUAUAGUCAACCGGACUACUUUUUUGUCCCUCGAGGGACAGAAAAUCAUCAAAAUCUGAUAAGUUUCAAGAUAAAAGUUUGAGAACUAACAAAAAUUUUUUUCCUCUAUUAGAAACCAAAUGGAUCCAAUUCAACAACAACAGCAAUCAUUUCAAGAAGGUCCCGAUUCUUUAUUCUCCCAGCAACCAUUUAAUACCGAAGAAGUACCUUGGUGGAAGAAAAAUUUUCUUCUUCAACAGCCAACUUUGGUUAAUGCUUGGAAUGCUGUAUUUCCAACUGUUAUAGUUAAUAUAUUUGGAAUUGUUAUUUUUCUUCGUAUGGGAUGGAUUGUUGGGACAGCCGGUUUCUUUCAAGCUAUUAUAGCACUUGCCUUGUGCACUUUAUUCUCUUCUGUUACAGUUCUAUCAGCCAUUGGAAUUUGUGAGAGAUGCCAGGUUCAAAGUGGAGGAAUCUAUUUUCUCGUCUCUCAUGUAUUAGGAAAGCGUAUAGGAGGUGCUAUAGGAAUUAUUUACACAUUUGGCCAAGCUUGUGCUACUUCUUUAGUUGCUCUAGGCUUUGGAGAGUCUAUGGCACAAUUAAUGGGAAUAGAUAGCCCUGUAGCUAUGAAAACAUUUUCUGUUGUUAUUUUGCUUCUUUUGAAUGUUUUGAAUUUUGCUGGACUUCAUUUUGUUAUUCGCCUACAAUUGUUGUUAAUGUGCUUUCUUGGAAUGGCUAUUGGAGACUUUCUGUUUGGGGCAUUUUUAUUUACACCUUCUGACCCUGAGGCCGGUAUCUACCCACUAACUGCCAAACAACUCUCAGCUAAUUGGUAUUCAAAUUAUGGAUCUGAAAAUUGCAGUGACAGAGCAACAUUAGCCCUAGGUGCUGCUGAAGAUCAUCAACAACAAUAUUAUGAGGCUAAUAAUUUCUUUAGCGUUUUUGGCGUUUUGUUUGCUAAUUUUAUUGGUGUUUUGGCUGCUGAAGGUGAAUUGGGGGCGCUUGGAUUUAGUUUUGGUCUUUGUUUUGUGUUUAUGUUACUUUUGGGUGCUUCUGUUGACAGAAAUGCUCUUCAAUGUGAUGCAAUGAUAUCAGAAAAAUUAUCAUUAACCAAACUUGUAUUUCUUGGAGGUCUUUACAUUUCUUGUUUGUCAGCAAUACUUUCUUCUACGUUGGGUACUUCUAGAGUAGUCCAAGGAAUUGCUAAUGAAGGAUUGUUUCCUCAAAUGAGCAAAUUACUUAUUGAGGAAUCUUCACCAACCCGAGAAUCACACCGUGCAACAGUUUUAGUUACAGCAUUUGCUAUAAUACUUUUAUUGCUUGGAGAUUUAAAUCAAAUUGCUAUACUUUCUUCUCUUCCUUUUUUGUUUACCUAUGCUACUGUCAAUUAUGCUUAUGUUUCUCUUUCUAUGAGUGAUGACUUGGAGGUUUUGAAUAAUGAAUGUGCUGCUGAAAAUGAUAACAAACAACAAACAAGCUAUGGAACAGUACAAGACGGGGCGGCCAUUUAUUCAUCUCAGGGCCAACAAAGAAAAUCUUUAGAUGCUUUGUUUGCCCAAACAACUGAGGGAAUUAUCGGAUCCACAAAACAAGAAAAUGUUCAAAAAGCGUGGUAUCAACAUUGUAUUAAUCGUUAUGUCUCUUUUGGAGCUGCAAUAAUUCACAUACUUGUGGCUACUUUUGUUCAUCGUUGGUUUGCCCUACUACACUUUAUUGCAUUUGCAGCUCUUUACCUUUAUUUGGGGGGAACGUGUGUUUCCCGUUUCUCCAUAAUGCAUAUGAUUCGAGUAGCUAUGUCAACUCAAGAUACUCCAGACCUGAACUCUUCCCAAAAUUCUGCCAGGCUUGUAGCCCCUCCCCCCUCAGCUUUAUUCCAACCAGGAAAUAUACAACCACCACAGGCUUUGAACGCUCAGAAUCCCGAUUAUGCAGAAAGAAAAAAUUAUCAUCAUGCUGAACAAUUGGGGGCUGCUAAACAACAUACUUAA